CCUUCUCAAAUUAUAUGCAUAGUUUACAUUCCAAUGCCAGAACGAGGCUUAGAUGGGUCAGAUGUAAACAUUAUCUCAGAUCAAUAUGGCUACUUCCAGUGAGAAUACUGUUAUCAAUCAGAUAGAGAAAAUUAACAAAAGCAACAAUUACCAUUGUUGUGUUCCAAAGUGUAGUUCAAAUGGCAGAUAUGAUUUCAAUCUAAGCUUUCAUAAAUUUCCAAAAGAUGAAGGAAUUAAAAAGAAUUGGGUGGUUAAAAUCAGACGAGAUGUGGGUCCUAAUUUCCAGGUAUGUACCAUAUUGUUUAUUAUUAUACAUCUUUUAUUUCAUUAAAUGAAAUUUUGCAGUCAAAUAAAAUUUAAAUGAAAAAAAAAAAGAAUAAGAUUUAAUUUUAAAAGGUUAUAAGCCUAAAAAGAGUAAAUUGUAUUUUUUGAAAUUUACAUUUCCAACAUAAUGAUUUUACCGUAUUUAUUCUUGAUACCAUGGAUUUCUUUUUUUAACAGAUCUCAAAGUCAACAGUUGUUUGUUCAAAACACUUUAAAAAGGAGGACUAUACAGGCUGGACACCCCUUAAAAAGAGGCUUAAGAAGGAUGCAGUACCUAGCAUUUUCGAAUGGACAGAUGACACAGAACCAAGAAGAAUUUUAAAAAGAACACUAGUAACACCUCCAGGACCUAAAUCUAAAAGACAAAAAUGUGAAACAAUGACAAGUUCGACAGAACCAUCUACGAGUAGAGAAGAAACAUUGACUGCAGUUCCACUCUAUGUAGAACAAGAAGAAGAAAUAUCAAAAUUAAAGGAUCAGUUGAACCAGAAAAAUUAUGAAUGUGCUGCUUUAGAAAGUCAACUGAAACUUGAACGCUUCAAUGUUAAUCGAUUUUCAAAUGAUGACACUAUGAUUCAGUUUUAUACAGGAUUUUCUUCAUACAUGAUGUUCGUAACAUUUUUUCAGUGUAUUGAACCAUCAGCAAGGAAUAUGUUGAGUAGAUACUAUGAAGCAGGAGAAACCAUUAGUCUUGCAGGAAGGAAAAGAAGCAUGUUGUUAAUUGACGAAUUUUUAAUGUUUUUGUGUAGGUUGAGGGUUGGUCUCUUAGAACAAGAUUUGAGUGUACGUUUUAAUUCUACAAUUCAAACAGUGAGUCAAAAAGUUGUUGCAUGGGCAAACUACCUAUAUUUGUCUCUGGGACGAAUACCAAUAUAUCUUUCAAGGGAAGUUAUAAAUGCAAAUAUGCCACAGUGUUUUAAGGAUGUAUACCCCAAAACUAGGAUUAUAAUAGACUGCACGGAAAUUAAAACACAACAGCCAUCUUCUCUUGUACUAAAUUCCCAGAUGUAUUCAACAUAUAAAAGUGCUUGCACUCUUAAAUGCCUUCUUGGGAUUGCGCCUCAUGGAGCAGUAACAUUUGUGUCAUCAUUGUUUACAGGAUGCAUAUCGGAUGUAGAAAUCACUAGACUGUCUGGUUUACUGGAUCUCAUCGAGCCAGGAGAUGAUGUGAUGGCCGACAAAGGAUUUACAAUUAAAAAUCUUUUGAAUGAAAAACAAGCAACUUUAAAUAUUCCACCAUUUUUAAGUUCGAAGAGGCAAUUUACACAACAUGAAAUAAAGGAAACGGAACAAAUUGCAAAAUUAAGAAUUCAUAUCGAACGAAUGAAUAGGAGAAUUAAAGAGUAUCAUCUGUUUGAUGUUCCUGUUCCAUUGUCACUACUGGGAUCGGCAAACCAGCUUUGGACUGUAGCUUGUCUCCUUUCUAAUUUUAAAGGCCCAAUUGUUAAUGCCUGGAAAUCGAACUGA